AUGUUUUCAUUUACUGAUCAAUCAAAUCCAGUAUUGAAUAGGGUAAAAAAAGAAAGAAAAAAUAAGGCUAUUUGGAAUAACGAUUUAUAUGGUGCUUGUUUUGGAUCAUCCGAUUUAUGCAUGAAUUUAAAUUAUUGGACUAGUAAUUGGAAUGAAUAUGAGCACAGAAUAACUUCUUCACGCUAUUUAAAUGCUGAAGAAUAUGAAGUUUUAGCAAUUUAUAGUUGUGAUUCAAUUAAUUCUUUGAUGAAUAUAUUUUUGAAAAUUUUGA